AGCGGUCUGCCCAGACACGCACACGGGCCCCCUCGGAUCGGGGGCCAGCUCGGCCCCCUGGCUCCUCACCUCCCCCGGGGCCCACCUGCUUCCCACCCACUGGCCUAGGGGGGGCGGCCCUGGGCGCUGGGCCCUGGGAGCAGCUCCACCCCUUCCCUUCCCUGCACCGCCUGCAGCCACUGCCCCCUCAGCAGCUGUGCCCCCAGCAUUUGUCUCCUGGGCCUCCCCUCCCCGCCCCGCAGCCAGCCCCGCUGGCUUCCCUGAACACGGGCAGGGCUCCCGCGCCGAGGUGGACCCCCAGCAAACCCAGCCCUUUCUCCCCUCCCUCUCCGGGGCCCACCCCGACCCCCGGGCUCCGCCAGCCUGCCGAGAACGAGCAGUAGGAGCAGUCCCCAAAGCUGCCCGCUUGCCACCUGGAGGAAGGUCACUUUUUCUUUAGAGCGAAGGCGCUAAUGGGAGGCACCCUGCCGGCCGGGGAGGCCUGGGCUGCAGUUGCCGCGGGAGGGUCUUGGCACCCCGGGGUGGGUGGCUCCCUCCCCCUAAGCUUUACGCUGACAAAAGAGUUUUGAGUUGGUGUUUUGGCUGAGCCUGCCGAGGAAGGCAGGCUCCUGCAGGAGACUUGGAGGGUCGGAUGCAGCGCCCGGAUGAGGAUGAGGCGUGGCGGAAGAUGCGUUUGGCUCUGCAGACACUGCAUCGGGCAGCAGGGGACUCUGGGAGGCUGGUGCAGCCAGAAGGCAUGGCUCUUGACAGCUUUCUAGUAGAAUCUCUGGAAUUGUGCAUGGCAGAAGAGGAAAGAGACUAACGGGUAUUGAGCACCUACUGUGUGCCAGACCCAGGCCAGGUCCCCCCCACCUCCAGCCAGUCUGUGCAGACUUGCUGCCUGCUGUGUCACCGGGAACGCAAAGGCUGGGAAGAAGGUCCUUCUCAAAACGGACUGGUGUUGCAGGGUGAGAAGCUGCCCCCUGACUUCAUGCCAAAGCUCGUCAAGAACCUCCUAGGCGAGAUGCCCCUGUGGGUCUGCCAGAGCUGCCGGAAGAGCAUGGAGGAAGAUGAGAGACAGACAGGUCGAGAACAUGCGGUGGCGAUUUCCUUGUCACACACAUCCUGUAAAUCACAGUCUUGUGGGGGUGACUCUCAUUCCUCUUCGUCCUCCUCCUCUUCAUCCUCAUCCUCGUCCUCCUCCUGCCACGGGAACUCAGGGGACUGGGACCCCAGCUCAUUCCUGUCAGCACAUAAGCUCUCCGGCCUCUGGAACUCUCCGCACUCCAGUGGGGCCAUGCCAGGCAGCUCUCUCGGGAGCCCUCCUGCCAUACCCGGUGAGACUUUCCCCAUCUCGGAGCACCACCGGCACUCAGACCUCACAGCCCCUCCUAACAGCCCCACCGGCCACCACCCCCAGCCAGCUCUGAUCCCAUCUCACCCUGGAUCCUUUGGCUCACCGCCCCACCCCCACCUGCUGCCCACCUCCCCGGCAGCGCCCUUCCCUGCCCAGGCUUUCGAGUGCCCUGUUGCCACUGCCGCUGCCCCCCAUACCCCAGGGGCAUGUCCGAGCCCCCACCUGCCCUCUACCAGCAUGCCACUCCUAAAGAUACCCCCACCAUUCCCGGGGUGCAGCCACCCCUGUAGCGGGCACUGCAGUGGGCACUGCAGCGGGCCUCUCCUCCCGCCGCCAGGCUCUCAGCAGCUCCCCAGCGCUCACAGCAGAGACCCCGGCUGCAAGGGGCACAAGUUUACACACAGUGGCCUGGCGUGCCAGCUACCCCAGCCCUGUGAGGCGGAUGAGGGGCUGGGCGAGGAAGAGGAUAGCAGCUCAGAGCGCAGCUCCUGCACCUCAUCCUCCACCCAUCAGAGAGAUGGGAAGUUCUGUGACUGCUGCUACUGUGAGUUCUUCGGCCACAAUGCGCCACCCGCUGCCCCGACGAGUCGGAAUUAUACCGAGAUCCGGGAGAAGCUCCGCUCGAGGCUGACCAGGCGGAAAGAGGAGCUGCCCGUGAAGGGGGGAGCCCUGGGCGGGAUCUCUGGGGAGCCCACCGUGGACCACCGAGAUGUGGAUGAGCUACUGGAAUUCAUCAACAGCACGGAGCCCAAAGUCCCCAACAGCGCCAGGGCCGCCAAGCGGGCCCGGCACAAGCUGAAAAAGAAGGAGAAGGAGAAGGCCCAGUUGGCAGCAGAAGCCCUGAAGCAGGCUCAUCACGGUGUUGCUGGAAGCCGAGAGCCAAGGCCUGCCAGAGAGCGGCUCUUGGAGUGGCCUGACCGGGAGUUGGACCGAGUCAACAGCUUCUUGAGCAGCCGUCUGCAGGAGAUCAAGAACACUGUCAAGGAUUCCAUCCGGGCCAGCUUCAGCGUCUGUGAGCUCAGCAUGGACAGCAAUGGCUAUGUGAAGGACGGGGCUGCUGAGUCUGAUCCCCCAAGUCGGCUCCCCUCAAACAUCAAUGGCUCCUCAGAGCAACGGCCUGACAUCAACCUUGACCUGUCCCCCUUGACUUUGGGCUCCCCCCAAAACCACACGUUGCAAGCUCCAGGCGAGCCAGCCCCACCGUGGGCAGAAAUAAGAGGCCCCCACCCACCAUGGACAGAAGUGAGGGGCCCCCCUCCCGGUAUUGUACCAGAGAACGGCCUAGUGAGGAGGCUCAACACCGUGCCCAACCUGUCCCGGGUGAUCUGGGUCAAGACACCCAAGCCAGGCAAUCCCAGCUGCGAGGACCCAAGCCCAAAGGCGAUCUCUGGUUGUAAGCAGGAGCUGCCUGAGCCUGUGGCCUCAGGUGGGAAGCCACGGAAGGGCAAGAGACAGGGCAGUCAGGCCAAGAAGAGCGAGGCAAGCCCGUGCCCCCGGCCCCCGGCCAGCCUAGAGUCUCCCAGUGCCAAGGGCCAGACCCCAGGCACCAAGCAGCCAGGCAAAGUCCUAGAACCUCCUAAAAUGGGCAGCUGUUCUGAGUCUGCAGAGGGGAGCCGGGGGAACCGGCCAGGACCAGGCUGGAUGGGCAGCCCCAAAGCCGAGAAGGAGAAGGGCAGCUCCUGGCGAAACUGGCCCAGUGACACAGUUAAAGCUCGUCCUGCAGAGCAGGAAUCGGUGCAGCCCCCAGGCCCAGCGAGGCCACAGAGCCUGCUGCAGGGCAAGGGCCGCAGCCGCCGGAGUCGCAACAAGCAGGAGAAGUCAGCCUCCUCCUUGGACGAUGUGUUCCUGCCCAAGGACAUGGACGGGGCGGAGAUGGAUGAGACUGACCGGGAAGUGGAGUACUUCAAGAGGUUCUGUUUGGAUUCUGCAAAACAAACACGUCAGAAAGUUGCUGUGAACUGGACCAACUUCAGCCUCAAGAAAACCACUCCCAGCACAGCUCAGUGAGCUCCUCCCAGGUCAAGCUCCUUCAGGGUGUUCUGAGACCGCAACUGCCAGCUGAAGGUCUACAGUUUCUCCCUCCACAUGCCCCAUCCACCUGCCCGACUACCCUGCUCCCCACCAUCCUGGACCAACCCAAAGCUGAAUGGAUGCUGGACUGUGCUGGGGCCCCCCUGGCCCUCUGCAGAACUGCUUCCUGGUGCUAUGCAGCCUCCACACUCAGAGCCUGGGACUGGGCUGGCCUGCGGGCUGGGGGCUGAUGGUACUGCUGGCCCAAUACUGCUCUCUUUGUGUUUGGUUUUUGUUUUUGUUUUUUCAAUUCUUUACUUUUGAUACUGUGAAGAUCUUUCAUGCUGAAAGAUAAAGCAACAUUUGGACACAGA